GCAUAUGAAUUUUCUAGGUUACAGUCGUUUUUCUGAAUUGUUUACAAUGCCACAUGAGCAUUAAGAAAAUAAGGACGAGAGAAAUAUUCAGAAUAUUCGUAGAUCGUAUCUGAGUUGAGACUGGCAUAAACACAAAUCUAAAAAUGUAUCGAUGUGGAGCAAUCUCGAAAAAAAAUUCUAUCCUGCGUAAAAACCAUAAAAUUAAUAGAAGAAUAGAUUAUUGGAAUCUUGCAUUCGUGGAAGUACUACAAGAUGCUGAUAACUUGUACGAGUGUCCACAGUGCCACAAGAAAAACUCUACGAAUACUUUCUCCACCCCCUAUUUGAAGGUCAUGAAUUUUCGAAUAUCAAUGACGAUCUGUAUCUAUUGUGGCUACAGAUUCCAACAGCAGAGUUCUCUGGGUCGUCCAAAAAACAGAUUCGACUAUCGUUUCUACGAUGGUUCAGAAAAUGUCGCAUAGCAUUCUGGCGAAUCUGAA